GUUUUCUGCAAAACAAAAUCCAAAGAGCUCCAAAAUUUGAUCCUCCCUUGAACAACGUCAAGCGUGGCUAAUCCAAGUAGAAAGAGAAAGAUGAGCAGUUCUGAGGAGGUGUCGUGGAUUUCUUGGUUCUGCGGCCUUCGAGGAAAUGAAUUUUUUUGCGAGGUCGAUGAGGAUUACAUACAGGACAAGUUUAACCUGACAGGCUUAAAUGAGCAAGUACCACAUUAUAGACAAGCUUUGGAUAUGAUUCUGGAUUUAGAGCCAGAUGAUGAACUCGAAGAUAACCCUAACCAGUCGGAUCUAAUUGAACAAGCAGCUGAGAUGCUGUAUGGUCUGAUUCAUGCCCGAUACAUCCUAACAAAUCGAGGGAUCGCCCAAAUGAUAGAAAAGUACCAAGCCGGUGAUUUUGGACAUUGCCCCAGAGUUUAUUGCGAGGCAGAAAACAUGCUUCCUAUUGGUUUGUCAGACGUCCCUGGCGAGGCUAUGGUCAAGUCGUACUGUCCCAAGUGCAUGGACGUGUACACACCCAAGUCCUCGCGCCACCACCACUCAGACGGAGCGUACUUCGGGACAGGCUUCCCUCACAUGUUGUUCAUGGUCCAUCCAGAGUACAGACCCAAGCGUCCCGCCAACCAGUUUGUCCCAAGACUAUAUGGUUUCAAGAUUCAUCCUCUCGCAUACCAAAUCCAACAACAGGCUGCAGCCAACUUCAAAGUCCCACUGCGUGCUAUGAACUACGGAAACAAUGCCAAACGUUGACCUUAACUUUAGCUUUGUAAUGGGAACGGAACAUAGAAACAGUAGUUGCUGUGUUUUUUACUGUUGAUAACACCCUAGACUAAUCGUCAUACUAGGGAAUACAAGCUGUGUGUCCUAUUGGGAACCACCCAUAUUGUAUAAUGUGUUUAUGUUAAAUAAACAGAAAUAAUGGAUCAUUGAAUCUGAAACUUUCCAUUGUAAAAUAUCUUUUUGUUAUAGGCCUACUGUACAAAGUACCUGUGCUACUCGAACUAUGUUUAUUUUUAAGUUAAGUAAAAUGUAAUUUCCAAAUUUAGUUUUAUAAGUUUUUUUUGUAAGUUUAUCAAUUACUGUUUUUGACAUCAAAUAAAAUUAUUGAUCAUA